UGAAAUGACAAUGUUACACACUACAUUUUGAUUGAAUCAAGUAAUCACACCAAAUUGAUUAAGAGAAUUUACUCUGUAUAAUCUUUUGGGUGUAACUAAAACAAAAUAAUGUUGUAACUAACAAAAUUGUAUCGACUAAAAAACCUAUGAAAUGAUCCCUCGUUUACAUUCCCAUGUCAGAUUGUAGGUUUUAAUGUUCUGUUUACUUCACUUUGUUCCUAUUACUGUUUAUAUUCUUUAAAUUCACCCUCAAAGAGAACAAAAACAUUCCCAUGUCAGAUUGUAGGGUACUCUACCACAUACUCAAACGUUGUAAAUCUUCUAUGGAUUCCAAAACCGUUGCUAAAACUCACGCUAGAAUAAUCGUACUUGGGUAUGCAACAUACCCAUCUCUUCUAGCGUCUCUAAUAUCAACCUAUGCACACUGUCACCAACCCCACAUAGCCUAUCACGUGUUUUCCCGAAUUAUAAAUUUGUUCAACAUGAAUUUGGUGAUUGAAAGUUUAGUGAAAUCUGGUGAAUGUGAUAUUGCCAAGAAGGUGUUUGACAAAAUGCCUUUUCGAGAUGUGGUCACUUGGAACACCAUCAUUGGUGGGUACGUUAAAAACUCGCGCUUUCUUGAUGCAUUGAGAUUGUUCCGCGGAAUGCUGAGUGCAAAAGUUGAGCCUGAUGGGUUUACCUUUGCUUCUGUGGUUACCGGGUGUGCGCGCCUUGGUGCAUUUUGCAAUGCCGAGUGGGUUCAUGGUUUGAUGGUUGAGAAAAGGGUUGAACUGAAUUAUAUACUCAGUGCUGCAUUGGUUGAUAUGUAUGCUAAGUGUGGUAGGAUUGAUGUUUCGAGGCGGGUUUUUGAGUGUGUGGUGCACGAUCAUGUGUCUGUUUGGAAUGCUAUGAUUAAUGGGUUGGCCAUUCAUGGGCUAGCUUAUGAUGCAAUUGUGGUUUUUUCAAGGAUGGAGGUGGAAAAUGUUUCGCCGGAUUCUGUUACUUUUGUUGGGAUUUUGAAAGCUUGUAGUCACUGCGGGUUAGUUGAGGUAGGUCAAAAGUACUUUGAAAUGAUGCAGAAUCGGUUUUUGAUUUGGCCGCAGCUUGAGCAUUAUGGAACCAUGGUUGAUCUCUUCGGACGAGCAGGGCUUUUGGAAGAGGCAUAUUCGAUGAUUAAGGCGAUGUCGGUGGAGCCUGAUGUUGUUAUUUGGAGAGCACUGCUGAGUGCUUGUAGAAUCCACGGGAAGAAAGAACUCGGAGAAUUUGCUAUUGCAAAUAUUUCGCGUCUUGAGAGUGGAGAUUUUGUCUUGCUAUCAAACAUGUAUUGCUCUUUCAAGAACUGGCACGGUGCCGAGAGGGUGAGACAGAUGAUGAAAAUGGGAGGAGUUCGUAAAAAGCGUGGUAAGAGUUGGAUUGAAUUGGGGGACAUCAUUCACCAAUUCAAUGCUGCUGAUCAGUCACAUGCUGAAAUGAAAGCAAUUUGCAGGGUGCUAGAAGGUUUGAUUAAGAGAGCUAAAAUGGAGGGAUUCACACCCUUGACGGAUCUUGUUUUGAUGGAUGUUUCUGAAGAGGAAAAGGAGGAAAACUUAACGUUUCAUAGCGAGAAGUUGGCUUUAGCCUACGGCGUUCUGAAAAGCAGCCCCGGAACAAAAAUCACAAUUUCCAAAAACUUGCGUAUUUGUCAAGACUGUCAUAAUUUGAUUAAAAUCGUGUCAAGAAUAUUAAACAGAGAGAUAAUUGUGAGGGAUCGUAUCCGUUUUCAUCAAUUUAAAGGUGGAUUUUGCUCUUGUGGAGACCACUGGUAGUUAUCACAUCUAAUUGCUUUGUUGCAUUGUUGAAUGUCCCUCACAUGUUACAAACUUCUGAUUAUAAGAUUGAAAAGAAACUGCCAAAAUGUGUGAAUGGAAGGGAUGAAAACCAAAAGAAUGGGUAGCUCUCUUUACAAACAUCAAAAUCCUAUCUGCUCGGGCCUUUGGUUUGCGACAAUGGGACCUGAAAGAUCAACAAGAAGUAAACUCAUAAGGAGAUGAAGUGGCUGCAGCUAUUGAAGUGAACUUAAAGACACAGAAACUUCACUAGAUGUGAACCCAGAUGGACAAAAAGUGCAGCUAUUGUAGUGAACCUAGAAGGACAAGCAAUUGCUGCAUCUGCAUGACUGCACCCUACCAAAGAUGAAUGACUCGGUAGGCCAUAUAGCUGCUUCUAAAUGCGCUGCUGGUUAACCAUAAUAGCUAUGCUUCUGGGUUCACUUCAUGCUGACCUCUAAUUGUCUUAAUGCCAAUGCCAAUUAUUAGAAGAAAAAAAAGGAACAGUGUUUGUGAUUGAAUGCAAUAAUUAUUUUUACUUUAUCCUUUAUAUAUUUACAUAAUAGCAACUUAGGUCAUUUCUACUUUACCCAUUUUUUCACACUUCCAUUGUCCUACACAGCAUUUGUGCCGAUCAUGCAAUAGCUUUGGCUGUGAGCUGGGGCAGAACGUGUAACAUAUGACGGCAAACCCCAUAAUAUCAAGUUGGUAUAUUUUUCAGGUUACCUUAUUCAAAUUAACAAUGCCUCUUAGACUUUAGGACAUCAUUGAUCAAUUUCUGAGGGAUACAUCAAAUUGUUGUAGCCAACUCUAAAGAUGAGUUUGCAAGAAAUGUGGCACUAUCUGAGAUUUAAAUGCACUGAUUAGACA